AUGGUCGCUGCCGCCAGUCAGGCAUCCAGCGUGAUGUCUGACAAAAUCGUGACCUACAACACUAAUCCAGUUUUAUACGAAGCGGUUUUGCACGCCCUGAAGGUCCCGGAGGAACUCAGUGAAGAAGAACUCGCCGUCGCCAACCAACUCCGCAUAGAAUUCGAACAUCAGGGCGGACACUUGGACCUCUCAAAAAGGGAAGCGCUUCACGAAAUACAGGCGUAUUCUCACCACAUGAUGAUCGCGUAUCGAGAAUCAAUAUCCGGCAUGUCGCUCUCCGGCUCGAACCGAGUACUCGACUGCGACCAAAAAAUACUGCAAAAACUGCCUCCUCACAUUCAGAAAAGAAUCCAAAGACGUGCAUCCAGAAUCCUCAUAACCGCCUCGGACCAGGUCGUCCUCGACUAUAUCUUGCGUCACUUUCCAGACGAAAAUAUUCGAAAAGCGAUUUAUCUGUUAAAUAACAGCUAUACGGAAUUUUUGCCGACUCUCGAAGAUCUGCUGCGAGCCAGGCACACCUUGGCGACCUUGCUCGAUUUUCCCUGCUAUUCGGAAUACUACGGCUGGCACCGCUCUCUCAAGACGCCCAAGGAGAUUUUCAGCUUUUUGGACGAGCUUCGCGAACUCGUCCUGUCGAAGUCCAACCAGGAGCUCUCGUCCCUGCAAAACCUCAAGUCUGCCGUGGGUCCGGGAGUGAUCGAGGAGUGGGAUUUGGAAUAUUAUAAGCAGAAAUACCUGGAAAAAAAUGGACUGGCUCACCCGAGGUCUCUAGAAGAAUACUUUACCGUACCCAACGUUCUUCACGGGUUCGCUGACAUCUGGCAGGAUUUGUUCAACGUUCGCGUGCAACCCGCGAAGAACUUCCAGCAAGAAGUGUGGCACCCGAGCGUGUUCAAGCUAGACGUCUUCAAAGAAGACGACCAGUUUGUAGGAUCCGUCUAUUGUGACUUGUUCGAACGCCCUCACAAAUCCGGACCCGCCAAUUUCCCUAUAAGGAUCAAAAGCGCGGGCACCACGCCCACUGUCGGAUUGGUCACCAACUGGCCGCGCAGGCGACCCAACGAACCCCCGCUGUUGCCGUUCGAACACGUCCACGUGUUCUUCCACGAACUUGGACACCUCCUUCAAGCGCUCCUGUGCGAAAAUAAACUCCAGCACUUCUCCGGCACCAGAGGACUCAUGGACCACGUGGAAACGCCAUCGCAGCUGUUCCAACACUUCGCCACCGAUCACCGCGUCCUCAGAAAAUUCGCCUUCCAUUUCAAAACGGGAAAGCCGGUCCCAGAGUCUCUCCUCCGCGACGCGCUCGCCUUCAAAAGCUGCUUCUCCGGACUAGAAACCAUGUCGCAAAUAUGCUACUCCGCCCUCGACCAAGCGCUCCACUCCACCCUCAUCAGGUCCAACGGCGGAUCAACCGACAUCCUCAAAGAAGUCAAAAAAAAAUACUCGCUGAUCCCACACGCCGACGGCACUUACAUGCAAUCCACCUUCUCGCACCUACUGGGAUACGGAUCCACCUACUACAGCUACCUCUACUCCGGCGUCCACAGUUCUCAAAUAUGGAAAACCCUGUUCGAACAAAACCCACUCUCCAGAGACGCCGGCACCACCUACCAAAAAAAAUUGCUCGCCUACGGCGGCGCCAAAGACCCAAACCAAAUACUCCUCUCGCUAACCGGUAAAACCGCAGACCCGACCUACUUCAUACAAGACCUCUUCCAAGGCACGUACUGA